AUGUCGUGGCUAAAGAGAAAAGCUGCUACCUACCACAAACAUGAUACUGAGGACAUUCGCACAGACGUUGAUCUCAAGAAAGAAGCCGAGAUGUUCCUUCUGAAAGACAUUCAAGAGGAGACUUUUCCUCUAGAGUUACAUUGUUUGAAGGAGAAGAAACCUCUUCCUAAGGCAAGCAGUUUGAUAAAUCUUUCACCGACAUUAGACAAAGAUGGUUUACUUAGGGUUGGAGGUCGACUGAGCAAUGCAGAACAUCUAUACACUGGAGAGAAACACCCCGUAACCAUUCCCGGAAAGCAUUAUAUUGCCACUCUGUUAGUGAGGCAUUAUCAUGAACAGAUACGACAUCAGGGUCGCCAUUUUACAGAGGGUGCAGUGCGUUCUGCUGGUUACUGUAUCACCGGAGGGAAAAGGCUCAUUAACUCCAUUUUACACAUCUGUGUUAAAUGUAGAAAGCUCAGAGGAAUGUUAGAACAUCAAAAAAUGGCAGAUCUGCCAAGUGACAGACUAACACCUAGUCCACCAUUUACAUACGUAGCCGUUGACACAUUUGGACCAUGGCAAGUGGUUACUCGACGCACACGAGGUGGACAAGCCAACGCCAAACGUUGGGCCAUUAUGUUCUCCUGUCUGACGACUAGGGGAAUUCACAUUGAGGUCAUAGAGGAACUUAGUGCGUCAUCGUUCAUAAAUGCUUUACGGAGAUUCACGUCACUGAGAGGCCCUGUGAAAGAGAUCCGGUCAGACCGGGGAACUCAUUUCGUAGCAAGUACAGAUGACCUUGGAAUAAAGUCACUCAAUGUAGAAGACGAUGAAAUCAGAAAAUGUCUUACUCGUGAUGAAACCAUAUGGAAGUUCAACCCGCCACACGCUUCGCAUAUGAAUGGUUCCUGGGAACGAAUGAUUGGAUUAGCUCGAAGGAUCUUGGAUUCGAUGUUGAGUGAUCUUAGUUCGAAACAUUUGACUCAUGAAGUCUUGUGUACCUUCAUGGCAGAAGUGUGUACGAUAGUAAACGGAAGGCGCAAUUACUGGCCUGUUGGAGUGGUGGAGAAAAUGUUACCCAGUUCUGACGGAAGUGUCUGA